CGUCCCCGCCCCUGGCCGUGCGCUCUCGCCGCCACGGGGAGCCGGCUGAGCGGCGUGCGGUCGCGGUUCUCCUCCUCCGGAGGCUGCGGCGCCGCGCGGGUGGGUGGGCACGUGGCGGGAACCCCGGGCGCUGCGGCAGGGGCGAGCGCAGAGCGCCAUGGCGGCCGCCGUGGCUGCGACAGCCAGGGCCCGCGCCGCGGCCAGCUGAGAGGACGCCUCUCUCCCACCGCCGAGGAGGCCGCGGCUGCAGCAUGGCCGGGAUCAUUAAGAAGCAGAUCCUGAAGCAUCUGUCCCGGUUCACUAAGAAUCUUUCUCCAGACAAAAUCAACUUGAGCACGCUGAAAGGGGAGGGCCAGCUGACCCAUCUGGAGCUGGAUGAAGAGGUUCUGCAGAAUGUGCUGGAACUGCCUACCUGGCUGGCCAUCACCAGGGUCUACUGCAACCGGGCCUCCAUCCGGAUCCAGUGGACCAAGUUGAAGACACAUCCGAUCUGCCUGUGUCUGGAUAAGGUGGAGGUGGAGAUGAAAACCUGUGAGGACCCUCGUCCUCCCAAUGGACAGUCUCCCAUCGCCCUUGCUUCAGGACAGAGUGAGUAUGGCUUCGCUGAGAAGGUGGUGGAGGGCAUGUUCAUCAUGGUCAACUCCAUCACUAUCAAGAUCCACUCCAAGGCCUUCCAUGCUUCCUUUGAGCUGUGGCAGCUCCAGGGUUAUAGCGUCAACCCCAACUGGCAGCAGAGUGACCUGCGUCUGACCCGCAUCACUGAUCCCCGCCGCGGAGAGGUUUUAACAUUUAAGGAAAUAACUUGGCAGACACUCCGAGUUGAGGCAGAUGCCACAGAAAAUGGUGACCAAGACCCAGUUACCACUCCGCUGAGGCUCAUUACCAACCAAGGCCGGAUCCAGAUAGCCCUCAAGAGAAGAACCAAAGACUGCAAUGUGGUCGCCUCCAAGUUGACCUUCCUCCUGGACGACUUGCUCUGGGUGCUGACGGACUCACAGCUCAAGGCAAUGAUGAAGUAUGCUGAGUCGCUGAGCGAGGCCAUGGAGAAGUCAGCCCAGCAGAGAAAGAGCUUGGCUCCUGAGCCUGUGCAGACCACUCCACCCGCUCCCAGUGCCCAGCAGACCUGGGCCCAGGCAUUCGGUGGCAGCCAGGGCAACAGCAGCAGCAGUCGCCUCAGCCAGUAUUUUGAGAAAUUUGACGUGAAGGAGUCUUCCUACCACCUCCUCAUCUCCCGCCUGGACCUGCACAUCUGUGAUGACAGCCAGUCCCGAGAGCCAGGUGUCUCUGCGAACAGACUUACGGGUGGCGCCAUGCAGCUCACCUUCCGCAGGAUGGCGUUUGACUACUACCCCUUCCACUGGGCAGGUGACAGCUGUAAGCACUGGGUGCGGCACUGCGAGGCCAUGGAGACCCGAGGCCACUGGGCCCAGCAACUGGUGACAGAGUUUCAGAGUCAGGUGGAGAAGCAGUGUGAGGGGAGCGGUGUGAAGUCACCAUGGCAGCUGGGGGUAGACCCUCCCUUCCGGAGGAAAGCAGAUUCCUUCUCUAGUCCUGGAAAGAGCCCUCUGGACAAAUGCCCUACGCAGGGCCGGCAAGCUGCCUUUGGGUCUCCGGCAUGGAAUCGCUUACGUUCUAGCUGCCUGGUUGUACGAGUAGAUGACCUGGACAUCCACCAGGUCUCCACAGCUGGGCAGCCAAGUAAGAAGCCGUCCACUCUGCUUUCGUGCAGCCGCAAGCGCCACCACCUCCCGGCUCAGGUGGCCGCCAUCCACGUCCAGUUCACAGAGUAUUACUUCCCGGACAAUCAGGAGCUUCCAGUUCCCUGUCCCAAUCUCUACAUCCAGUUAAAUGGGCUGAUGUUUACUGUGGAUCCCGUCAGCUUGCUUUGGGGAAACCUCUUUUGCCUAGAUUUAUACCGAAGCUUGGAGCAGUUCAAAGCCAUCUAUAAGCUGGAAGAUUCGAGGGGGAAAGAUGAGCACUUGGAUAUCCGACUGGAUGCAUUCUGGUUGAAGGUGAGCUUCCCACUGGAGACUAGGGAGCUGGCAAAGCUGCAUCGCCCCCAGGCCCUGGUGCUGUCCACCUCAGGCAUGAUUGCCACCAAUACCCGGCAUGCCCCGAGCUGCGGCUGUCCAGACCUCCAGAGUCUCUUCCGGGGCUUUGCUGCCACCGAGUUCUUUCGUUCUAGCUACAGUCACUUUCCCAAGGUCCCAGGGGGCUUCAGCCUCCUGCACAUGCUCUUCCUGCACCACGCUUUCCAGAUGGACUCCCUUCCAGCCCAGCCCAGCUCCCUCCCUCCUCCGAGACCAGCGGCAUCCCAGGAUCUUUGGUCCCUACAUUUUAGCCAGAUCUCCUUGGACUUUGAAGGCACUGAAAACUUCAAAGGCCAUACCUUGAAUUUUGUGGCUCCCUUCCCGUUGUCCAUUUGGGCCUGCCUUCCUCUCCGCUGGCAGCAAGCCCAGGCACGGAGGCUCCUUUUGGCCUCAGAGGGGAGGCUCAAACCCUCGGCCAGCUUCGGUAGUCCCGUGCGCUCGGAAGCCCUUGCCCCCGAGUCUGUGUCCCAUCAGAGGUCAAAGACCGAACGAGAUUUGAAGAGCCUCUCAGGGUCUUCAGAACUUCCAGAGGCUAUGAGAGGUGACGCUGGUGUGGAUCACAAAGGGCAUGUGGCAGAACUGGAGGAUGUGGCAGACGUUCACAUGCUUGUACACUCCACUGCCCACGUCAGAGUGAGGCUCGACCACUACCAGUACUUAGCCCUGCUGCGCCUCAAGGAGGUGCUGCAGGGUCUUCAGGAGCAGCUGACCAAGGACACAGAGGCCAUGACUGGGUCUCCCUUGCAGGACCAGACAGUGUGCAUUGGCGUUCUCUUCCCCAGUGCUGAGGUGGCUCUCCUCAUGCGCCCUGCCCCUGGGACUGCUCAUGCGGACUCUGCAGGCUCAGACACCACCAGCCUCAUAGACUCAGAGCUGUCGCCAUCAGAGGAGCGGGAGCCGAAGUCUGAUGGCUCCUCAGACCUGGGCCCAGUAAGCCCUGAGAAGGUGCUGAGGGACAGCAGCGCUGACAACCUGGCUGCAUCCCGGGAGAGGCUGCACGGUGAUGGAGAGCUCCAGGACUUGGGUCCACUCGCACAGCAGCCAGCAGGGAAGAGUCAUGAGGCAGUCGAGUCUCUACAGGCCAAGAAGCUGAGCCGAGCUCAGAGCGCCAGCUCACCGGCUGCGUUGAAGCCCCCAGCGGACAGGGAUGCCGCUCUGAAUGGCCAAGGCGAGCCCGUACCCUUGAGGAGCAUUGAGGGGGAACUGUCCAGUGCUAUUCACAUGACCAAGGACGCCACCAAAGAGGCUCUCCACGCUACCGUGGACCUCACCAAGGAGGCCGUGUCCCUGACUAGGGACGCCUUCAGUUUGGGGAGAGAUCGGAUGGCUUCUACCAUGAACAAGAUGUUGUCCUUGCCUCCUGCCAAGGAGGCCAUGGCCAAGUCAGAUGAGGGGGUGGUGGCCCCAGUGAGUGGAGGUGCUGCCCGGCUUCGGUUCUUCUCCGUGAAGAGAACAGUCUCUCAGCAGUCGUUUGAUGGUGUCUCAUUGGACAGCAGCGGCCCCGACGACCGGAUUUCGGUGGACAGCGAUGGCAGUGACAGCUUUGUGAUGCUUUUGGAGUCUGAGUCUGGCCCAGAGUCUGUUCCACCAGGAUCUGUGACAAGCGUCUUGGAUGACAGUGGCAUUCAAGGGAGCCCUGUUAUGGAUAGUGGUGGCCAGGGGUUGCCAGAGUCCAACAGCUCAGCGUCAGCCAGUGGAGACCUCGUCCUGCAUUCGGUGUCAGUUCUGGUCCUGAAGGUGAGUGAAGUCUCACUUGGGAUUGAGGUUCGUGGCGAGGAUCUGGCCGUAGCCUUGCAAGCAGAGGAGCUGGCCCUGCAGCAGCUGGGCACCGUGGGACUCUGGCAGUUUCUACAUGGAGAGUGCCUAGGCCCAGGCUUUCAGGAACCCUCAGAUCUGAAGACUGACCCCAUCAGGCCUGCUGUAGGUCUGCGCUUUGAGGUGGGGCCUGGUGCCGCUGUUCAUUCCCCACUGGCCACACAAAAUGGCUUCCUUCGGUUCUUACUUCGGGGCUGUGACCUGGAGCUCUUCACCUCAGUGCUCAAUGGUCUGGGGCCUUUCCUGGAGGAUGAGGACGUCCCGGUGGUGGUCCCCAUGCAGAUUGAGCUCCUGGACUGCAGUGUCACUCUCAAGGAUGAUAUCCCUCCGGUCUACCCAACAUCCCCUGGCCCUGUCCCCAUCACUCUGGCAAUGGAGCGCCUUGUGCUGAAGCGGGAUGACGAUGGUGUGUUUCAUCUUGGUGCUCCUGCUCAGGACAGACCAUCGGCUGAUGUCCCUGAGAAGCUGCAGCCCCCUAAAGAGCAGGUGUUCCUGGUGCCCCUGGGCCAGGGCUUGGGAAGCCAGGAGAGAGAAUCAGCUAGCCUACAGCGAGAGCUUAUGGACACCAAACAAGCGCUGGACAUUGCCAACCAGGACAGGGAAAAACUGCUCCAGGAGAUUAGGAAAUACAACCCUCUCUUCGAGCUUUGACAGCAGCUCAGCCAUCUGGGCUACAGAGAGAAGAUAUCACCAGCAACAGUGCCACCUAGGACAGGUGCCGAGGAGCCAGUGAGGAGCCAGCGGGGUUGGGAGCACACAGUUUACUCCUUCUGUGCUUCCUGCUGGCUGCCAGCCUGGGCGGAGGACCCGGCAGAGUGCGGCUGCGUCCCUGGCCCUGCACCGUGUCUUGCCAUUAAGUAGCCUUGUAGUCUCUGCACACUAGAGGAAUCUUCUCUGCAUCGUAGGGCAUUUCCCCUCCUGGUGUCACGGCAGUGCUGUUUGCUUCCUUCAUGGCCUGUAUGAACGAGUGUCCCCGAGUCAUGCACACAGCCACCAAAGAUCCCAUGUCCCGGAGCUUCCUACGGCAUACCUGAAAGGUCCUUGGCCUGAGUUUGGGGUAGAUCAGGAAGCAGCUCAUGCUCGGGUCAGGGCAGGGGUCAGGGCGAUGCGGACUUGCCUAGCUUGGAAUAGGAGCUAGGCGUGUGUCACCUUGGUUGAUGUUUCGGGUCAGGCUUUCCUGUUGCAUUUCUUCAUUGUGAUGCUUUGACUGUGAAGUGGCCAGGCCAUCUUUCCCUGCACACGAAUUGGCUUGAGAUUUAAGUGAGGACAGUGCUCAGCCGGAGCAUGAUGAGUAGGGACACGGUUCCUGUUGGUCACCUGCUUCCUCAGGGCUGCUGCGUCUCUCUGCCUGUGCUGACUUAAGCACUUGGUAGUCUGGGAGCUGAAUGUUCUUACGUUAGGCUCGAGACUCAGCUGAACUGAGCAGCACCCGGCUCCGUACGCUGCCUCACUCCCUAUUACUAUGGCUUUUUAAAAUCAUGGCAUUUCAGCUUAAGCAAAACCAAAACCCUUCUAGGUUUCCUUCUGGCCCUAUAGGAGUUUCCCCUUCCUCUGAUUGUCAAAGCCUGGCUCUGUGGCCUGCUGCCUGUACAGAGGCAUAGUAGCCCCGACUUGCUGUGAGCCGGUGAUGCCACCGAGUCCCAGUUAUGGCUGAGGGGAUGGAAGGAGAAGCACUAGCCCAUGUAAAAAGGGACACAUUUAUGGAGGAAUGAGGUCACGUUUGUUCAGACUUGCAGGAGCCAGUCAUGUUCCUCACUACGGCAAGUUUCAGAACACCAUGUCUUAUAUAUAGGAUUGUGGUUUAUGGCACGGAGACACAUUACAGAUUUGGGAAUAACAUCUUCUGGGGACAGUGUUACCAGGCGAGGGUCCCUCAUUUCAGAUUUCUAUAAAUGACCUCAGACUUUAAGUGAAGUCAUUUAUAUUAAAUGCCAUACAGCUUAUAGACAAGACCACGAAAAGUAGACCAGAAGAGACACAGCCAUAAAGCCACAGGGAUGUGAGCAAGGCUGUGAACAGGCAACAUGAUGGGAGAGGCUCAGCACAGUGGAGGGCUGGGGUGCAGCUCAGCACGGGUGAGUGGCACGUGUGAGGGCCUGGGCUCACCCCAUGAUCACAAACACUAUCACAAAAAUAAAGAUUGUGCGCAUCUAAAUUACUACUGCUACUCCUACUGCUGCUACUACUACAUCAUACUCAGGAAAGAAUCCAGAACCCUGCUGAGGGAGCAGGGAGCAGGGAUCAGUGUGACGCUGUGGCCUAAAGCCUGAGGUGUUCCAGCACCAGGGGGGUGACUCCCCAGCCACUGGGCACUUGUGUUGUAUUUAUUUGUCUAGGAGAUGGAGAAGAGAACAGACAAUGGUGUCCUGCAAAGGUGAACGCCAAGAGGAGUGGGGGACCACGCAGUCAGGACUGGGGACCCAAUCUUGAAACAUUAGUUCUGGGGCCCUGUCACUGCCUCAGGGAAAAGAAAGCACUUCUAGGCAAGCCAGAAACUUGAAGGACUCGUUGGAGAAGUGGAGAGAAGGGAGAGCCAGUGACUAGAGAACAGAACUUUGCUGCCUCAGAAUCACUUGAAGUCACAUCCCUUCCUCUUCUGUUACUGCAUCCCCCGCCCCCAAGGGAAGAUUGCUGGCAAACACGUGGUGUACUUUACCCUUGAGCUUGCAGUAGAAACCCAUUUUGUGUCGAGGAUAAUGCCUUAAUGGCCAGGUCAGAUUUUUGAGCUGAGGGAGUCUCUAGUCCACGUGCAAACAGAUGUAGGGCUGGCUUCCUUUAUGUUUUGGCCUUUUACGUCUUGAAACCAUCCUUCAGAAAACAUGGUAAGAUGAUUAUUAUUCCAUAGCAUUUCAAUAAUGUCUUGUAAUUCCAUUCGCCUAUCCACUAGGGGAUGAACAGGAGGGACUUGGCCAUAAUGAAACUGGCUGUGUGGAUCUCCAGGGUAAGGGUAAUGGAGAACACAGAGUAGGACAGCACAUUUGGAGUUUAGCUGUGAAGUUGCCGUUUGCAACCUGAAAUAAUACCUCAGGAAGACUCCAGGAGGGCCCACACCCCUGUCCCUUAGAGCGUGCAGUUAUUGCACGUGGGCCUCAGCUGUAAAACUCUGGCUGUGUCAUCUGUGAUUGUCUAAAUUUCCUGUUUACAUGCAUGUACUGGGAAUAUGGUGCAGACUCAGAGUUGAGUCUGCUAACUGGGCUGCAGAGAUGUCCAUCUCUAAGUCAUUUUCAGUGUACUGGAAUGAUUAAUGGAGUCUCUGGUGGAGCCAACAUGGCUUCUCUUUCCCCAAGAGGCAUUUUCAGUUUUAUUUCCUGACCUUACUGUGCUGAGAGAAUAGGGUCUGUGAAGUAGAAAGGGUUGAUACCCCACCUCACGGAGGACCCUGGAACCAGGUAUCUGCAGUGUCUUCCUGGUAGUCUCUCCUUAGGGGCUCCAGAGGUGGCACCCUGCCAAGGUGGGAACUUUCCAUUCCAGGCCCUGCUUGCUUUCAUCUAGCUUGACGCCUACGUUACCACCCAGGCUAGCAGAGUGACAUCUGGUCUAACCUGUGACAGCUGGGACUUGAAGAUAGGCAGUGCACCGUCGUUCGGGUGACCAGGGCCUUACAGGUGCCGCAUCGUCCAGUCUACCUCUCCAGGGUGGGUAUGGAGAGUGGCUGUUAAUGUAGAGGCAUCUUGCCCCAUGGCACAGGGAAAUACUUGGUUACUUUUAACGAUGAGGCCUAGCUAAGUGGCCAGGCCUGAGAUCCGAGCUUCCUGUUGUGUUGUGUUCCUUCCUUACCGUGCAUCCUUUAUCAAAGUAGACAUAGCUCCUGUGUGUUAAGAAUUUCCUAUUGCAGCUGUGAGGAAUUUUUUUUGUGUGUGUCCGUUUACUACUUUCCGGUCAAGAGUGCGCCUGAGUCUUACACGCUUUUUGUGGAGUGCCCCACGGAAGUAUCCUCAGCACUGGCGGAGCCAGUGAGUGUCAGUGUGAGCUCUUAAGUUCAAGCAGUCAAAGUACGUGAGUCUGAGCUGUUUCCCUAACUCAGGGUGCUAAUAACAAAAGACGUGCUCAGGAAAGCUGCAGAGGAGGACAUCUCCCAGCCCCGCGUCCCGUGACACUCAGCAGCACCCCGGAAGCGGGCCCGUGGAUUGCCAACUACAUCAAGGCAGCCUUACUACUGCCAAUCACUGUCAAUGAUGUCCUUUCAUUCUCCUAGGAAGGCAGUGAGAAUGGAUACGGUGAACUGAACCUUGGUCAGUAUUGGCAAAGUUUACUGUCGCAAUAGCUAAUCCAACCCUUGAGUGUACUGGUUCUGUGAACCACUUGAAAAACAAAUUAAACGAUACUGUUAAACAGCA